AUGAAAUACAGCUCUCAGCGAUGGCAGGGCAAAGCGACGGCGUAUUCAGACUGGGAAUUGUCGCCGGCUACAGUCCAAGCCAUCGAAGCUCCCGAUGUUCUCCUCAUAGCACUUGGGAUCGAAGAGGUCUUCAAGGACCAGCUGGAUAUGGCGAAAACGCUUAUUGGCGUGCGAGUGAGAGUCGCCACCUUCAACUGCAAUCGUUCUCUGGUUCUCGACCGUGGGCUCGAAUUCUACGACAUUGAUAGCACUACAGUGCCUCCUGCUCGACGAUGUCUCGCGGAGAUGUGGCAUUCAGCCUGUGUAAGACUCUCAUGGGCCUUUUUCGGCCACGGACACGCUCAGGUUAGGGGAUCACCGGCUCGUCCAUUUGUAGCGGAGAUAGCAAUAAGGGAUCAAUCUUCCAAGCUCUUGAUGCAUAGAAGCUAUAGGAUCAGCCAAACCUCACAGAUGCUUCUCAAGCCAGUGUCACAUCCGAAGGGAAGGGAUCUGGAGGCCAACGUUGAGAUCUCGGAUAUCGCACAAAACCUCAAAGUCACACGUCGAGGUAGUAAUUGCACUGUCUUCAGAGCGCUCACGGCGCAAUGGAGGCACCCUCAGUCCGGCCUAAAUCUCUCAGGAGCAGCGGCUGCUGGUCUCAUCUCCUCAGAAACAAUCAGAUGGAGCGAACUCGAACUGUUGCCGUCCCCUUGGCAGAGAAUACAUUAUGGGGGACUGCAAGCCAUCCCAGCUGUAAGGAGAGCCCUACUGGACCAUCUAUACGCAUUCGUUCUGCUUGUAAGCCAGAUUCUCGACCAGAUGUUGCAGACUAUCGGCCAGAGGCAGUUUGCCGAAGAGAACAGUCGCUGUCUUAGAAUGCGGGAUCCUCUCCGCCAAUCGAGAAUGAGACAAGCCUGGUUCGAUCUUGAACUGAUCAAGAGACACGCCGAUGGAGAUGUCGAGGAUUAUAUCUCGCAGUUAUGGGAAGAAAGACGGCGAUGUUUGAUGGCGAUGCAAUGGACAAGAAUUGGAGAGGUUGACGUCGACGAGGAAGCGAUGUCUCAGGUUUAA